AUGGCGCACCCACGAGCAGAAGUGUUCGAAGACGAAUUUCCCCUGAUCCGAAGCUGUCCAGCCUUAAACGAAAUCCGUCUUGCGGAGGAAAUUAAGGACUUGACGAUAGAGGUAGCCUCCCUUACCGCGAAUAUUCAUGUUUGCUUGCGUGUUAGGUCAUGGACGGGGCAGAGCUUCACGCCAAUCGUAUUAUAUUGGCGGCUCGCAUUCCGUCUUUGCGAGCCCCUCUCAGUGGCCCUCUCGGAAGGAAGAAUUCCGUUCUGCGAUGGCCGACCGUGCCACUGAGGUAAAUUUAUCGUCGAUUUGGUGAUUUUGCUUACUGCUUCUGCACUUUCUAGUCUCGCAAAUACGUUCGUGCAGUACGUCUACACGGGCCGAGUGAAGAUGAGAGAAGACAAUGCAAAGGCCCUGGUGAUGCUUGCAAGAAUGCUUGAGUUGCCUCACCUGGAGAACUGGGGAGUGGCAUUCAUGGCCAGGCGGUACGCGCAUUUCCUGUCUAACUGUCUGUUCUGCAGGCUCACUUUAGAGAACCUGUCAGCCGUCUGGGACUUUGCGAGGUCGGUGAAUGUUGAAGAACUGACUGAAAAGUGCAUCGGACUGAUGAAGGCGCACUUUGAAGACUUGGUGCCAACCGACCUCUUUGUUCGUCUACCUGCCCAAACUCUGCUCACUGUGCUUCAAAGUGUGGAUUUGUCUGUGUCAUCUGAAGAGCAGGUUAUUGCGGCCAUCGCACGGUGGGUGGAUGCAGGUGCGUGCCUGGCGGAUGAUGACAAAAGGCUUCAAGUUUACGCUCCAGCAAUGUUGAGGGAGGUGCAGUGGCACCAGACGACCGUGAAAUGUCGCGAUCGUCUGCUGCAGCACUAUCCGGCAUUCAGGAGGAGUCCAGAGUGUCUGUAAGUAUAUGCCACUGCAGCCUUGUUAUUUUUUUCUCUAAAAGUUGUCUAAUGUUUCAGAUCUCCAAUUGGAUUGGCGCCUCAGAAAAGGAUAAGCGCUCCUGUCCCUUCAACAUUAGGCCUCGUGUUCGUCAGACAUUCUUUGGAGCAGACAGAGAUCCGACAAUCUUCCUCUUUGGAGAGGACAGGCGGAACGACGGUCAUGAGGGGGUCAGGUUGUCUGUCCUCCUUGGAACAGACAGGCAGCGAAGGUGGUCUGUCCUGCGUUGGAAUCCGCGUCUGCAGCAGGCAGAACGCGUUGCUGACAUGGACGGUGGCCGGGGGGGCGCCUCCUACAGUGCGAUGGGUGGUGAGUUGCCGGACAGUUGUUUGACUGAAGUCUACUGCCUCUGUGUGCAGGCCUGUCAGCACAUUUUGCUACCUACGGGGUGCAUUUAGCGCUCGUUGCUUUUUGCUUUUUAAAGAAUGCAAGCCCUUUUUAAGCUGGCUACUUUAUGCAUUGUUUUUUUCCGCCACCACCACCAAACGGAAGAGAGCAUUUUCGUUGUUGGAGGAGGAGAAGGUGGCUCUAGUCGGCGUGUUGAUGAGUUUCUGGUGAGAGAAGGGCGCUGGCGCGAGCGGGCGCCCCUCGCCGUUGGACGCUUCGGGCACGCAGCCGCCGUCGUGAAGCUCCCGACCGCUGCCGUUGACGGAGAGGAGACGCUGAUUGGCGUUUUCGGUGGAUUGGGCCCAAUUUCCUUCUGUGAGGUCUAUGACGUCAGGCAGGACAGGUGAGUGCAGACGCCCCGUCUUGACGCACAGUUUUUUUUCGCCAAAAAGAUUUCUCUCCUCUUCUCCUCACUCGACUGUUUGCCCGAACAGAUGGCACAAACUGCCCGAUCUGCCGGAGGCGAGGUACGGCCCAGCUGCUGCCUGUCUGCCCGGCGACAGUCGAGUCUUCCUUUUUGGCGGCGAAGGUGAACGCGACACCGCGCUUGCCUCUGUGGUCUUCUGCCAUCUGCGAGCAGACUGGCGUAGGCUGCGUCGGCGGGAGGCGGACUUUUGGCAGUCGGCUGCCCCCAUGAGAACUGCACGCAGCUGGCUCGCAGCGACGGCCUUUCGGGGAGCAAUUCUGGUCGCCGGUGGAUGGGAUGACCGAACUCUCAACUCUUUCAACAGUUACCGACCUCUCAACACUGUGGAGAUGUUUACGCCGCCAGACGCCGGCAGCCCCCUCGGCCAGUGGACAGAACUGGCCCACAUGCAGGAGCCUCGCUGGCAGUUCACUCUUCUCACCUCCGCCAACGCCGUCUUCGCUCUCGGCAACGGUACGAAUGCGACACACCAUUAAAUGCAUUCCCUCUCCUUUUUUCUUUUUCUUUCCUUUUUUUCUUCUAAAUGCGCACUAUGCACCAGCACUGUGUGUUUGUGUGUGCCUUGAGGCUGAAUGGAGCGACCUCACUGGCGGUGCUAUUAUUAUGGUGUCAGGUUAAUUUACCUUUAUAUAGAGUUUUUUUCUGUCUAGUAAACAGUUUUGAAUGCAUAAAAAUUUCUCAUAUCCCACCACAGUGUCUUUUAAAAUCUCGGCUAUAAAAUGACUCCACUGUAAGCCAGUAAAAGACGUUGCCUUUGUCAGGAAUUUUAAGAAAGAAGCCAUAGAAUAUCAAACAACUCAUGCAGCGCUGACAAAAACUGUAUCCCAUUUGACUUAUUCGUCUUCCUUAGGUAGAGGACUGAAGACGGGGAAAUAAUUUUUACACAAUUCACAAUUAAAUGCAUUCUUUCUCUCUUUAAUGCCAUGCAUUGGCUCAGCAUGCGACACCUUCGUUAAUCUGACAUGUUUUUUUCUCUAAAUGGCCACUCUGCAGCAUUUCUGUGAAUACUGCCAAUGCCUCUUUGUUUCCCUCUUUCUUUGUCUUAGAAUUUUCUUUUUCCUAACCGACCUUCAUUAAAAUUAUUUUUUUAACAGGCAACAGGGUAGAGGCCUUCGCAGCCCCAGGAGGUUCAGCCGACCCCGACAACGACUUGACCGCUUGGGUCUGGUCCUCCAAGAUCACAGUGGAAUCGCUCAGCAGGAUUCACGGAGCAGCAAGCAUUCGCAUGUAAACAUCAGCCACUUUCCUGAUUUUUUUAAAAGAAAUAAACGACUUGCAAGUAAAUCUGCGGUGGAGUUCUUACUUUCAAAGAUGUGCGGUGCUCACACGAGGGUCGACCACUUUAGAACGAGGUAUGUUUUCCCGGUGAAUGAAAUGACUUCUUACGACACUGUGGACUGCGUGGGGUAGUUACUAUUUGACGGAGAGAUAUUCGUCCGCUCGAUGUAAUGCGCGGCAUUGGUGAAGUCACAAAUCCAAGGGUGCGGGCUUUGGUACGAACGCCGAAUAGGUACGGAUAAGGAACAUCAAUUUAUAGGACAUUCUCGUCCCUCCAGCAUUAGAAGCGUGUUGGAAAGCCGAUUUUCCUGGACACAGUGACAUGCACCAAGGGAUUUCAAGUAUGAAAAUUGGAUUGCCAGUACGAGAACUAUGUUCGUCAAAGGUGUCGGUUACAUGCAGCAUCCGAAAACGCAGACGGCAGCAGUUUGAGGCUGGGGAUAUAUAUGAGUACGUACUUUGUAUUUACUAAGUGACCGCAUUGGCCGUAAAAGCGUCAUCAAUUCCUAAUCAUGUUCAAACUCACCCGGAAUUGCCCAGCAAAGCCCGAAAGUAAACGAAGCAAAGAUCUGCGUAAAAAGGGACGCAAGUGAGUUAGUUGCUGUUGAUUUGCACAUUUAAAGCAAGUCGUCGUGGGUGAAACAGAUUUGACAUUUCACUAAAAAAUGUCCCCGCAUGUGUAACUGGACAAGGGAAGACUUGUAGCUUCCCACUCUCACGAUCGUCAACACAACCGUUUGCCCUCAUCUUUUUCGGCGCGCAUGCCACGAGUGACUCCGCCUUCGGCCAGCGACGCCGUCACGUCCAUCGGUGUUUUUCUUCAUCAAUUUGCCGCAGAUGGACGAAUUUAGGGAGAAUGAGAUUCGACUGAUAAUUGCGCGUUGAUAAUGCUAGCUCUAACUACCUGCGAUGCUGCCUGUACACUAGAUGAGUCAGUGGUCGUCUUCACCCUGAUAUUGCAUGUUUCCAAGAGAGUUUAACACGGGGCAGCCAAAGUCGUCUACCAAAGGCCUAUCAUUUACUUUUUGCAUGACUUCAUAAAAAUGUAUGUUGGACACACUUCUCGAUAUUGUGAGAAGAACUAACCUACUGGGUGCACUCGUCCCCAAAGAAGAGAGCGACUUUCAGCUGUUAAUUCGAAAUGGUCUUGCGAACCGGAGUGUAUUUGAUAACACAGUAACAACAUCAUCACCAGGUAAUAAUGGACUUGGCAGAGCUAGAAAAAUAUGCUGCAACAUGCUUCCUUCAUAUCAUCGCUUAUCGGCUGUUGCCAACUGUGCUGAUUACUCCUACGGGGAAAGGAUUUCCAGUUUCAGACAAAUGAUAUCAGAGGAUAUUUUGGGAAACGGACGUUCAAAUAUUACCAGGUUAGUCGGAGGGUUGCAGCCCAAGCUAUGAUUAGCCAGAUGGCACUAACUGCGUGUGAAAGCUACACGGCUGCAUAUGCCGCCUGAGCAUGCCUGACGCACAUCCCAGUGGCGUGGAGGCCCACACACCUGGCGAGGUAAAAUGGAUCGAUCACUUGCUUAACGCGCCGCGCAAAAUCGAUCGCAAUACCUGCGUGCUUAAUGCGAUUAGAUUCGCACCUGGACUGCCUCGAGAGAAUGUCGUCAAACUGAGCCGAUUGCGGCGGCGUGCACUCUCGAUGCGCAUUCAGAAUCUAGACAAUUUCAUGCAUUCUUACACACCGAUAUUUCCCUCGUGACUCUUACUGUAGUAUUAGUGCAUCUAUAAUUUUAAAACUGGGAGGUCAUCUUAUCACAAAAGCAGGUUAGGAAACACGUACAUGGCCUAUGCCAGCCACCUCGGCAAGACAGUGGAACAAGUGGCUAUGUAGCAAACAUAAGGGAGACGAAGUUUAGAUUUGAGUUUAGGGUUAAGUUUGGGUUUACUGAUAAACGUCAAGUUGUGUCUCAGAUUAUGACAGGGAGAUAGUUGCCUAUUCUCAACUUUAGGCAUAUAGAUGAUUCCGACCUAGUGGUGUGAAAAAUAUGUAUAGAGAAAUAGGAAUCAAUUCCUUUGGAGACGACAAACAUAUGGGAGCGGAAGAGAUGACGCGGUACCUAAUCUUAUAUCAGGCAUGCUGCUUUAAUAAGAAAAAGAUAGCAAUUGGCAGUUAUUGCAGUUAGAGAGAUAUAUUUGUCUCGGGCGUUCCAUGACAAAUCUUAAACUUCGAUUAAUCACCUUGGUUGGUUUCACGCAUUUACAAAAUAAGUUAUUAGAUUGUAGAAUGAAACUUAUGACUAAAAGUUGAAAAAAUCCCCAUAACUAUGUUCAGAAGAGACAGUGGCGAGUGAACGUUCCUUUCGGUAACUUCUCGUCUGAACAAUACAGUUACAUGACUAAAACACAUCUUCACCUUCGAGAUGAAGUUAUUUUUUGCAAUUUUUCCAUUUACGGGUUAAUUCCUGUGUUAAACCAAGUUAAAUAUAUCUGCUCAUUCUAAGGAUGUUUGCAGAGAUUGAACGUUACAAAAUGAUAUCCGGCAUAAGAAAAUGAAUAAAAUUUGUUUUCUCACACAGUACAUCUAUCUACUUAGCUUGCCAUAGUUCCUUAACGGAAUGCCACUGAGAUUCUGUCGUAAAACUUGCUACUUAUUUUGCGUUUCCAGUAAUUAUUAUUGAAUAACUAACUCUUUUGCCCCUCCGUUCUUAUUUGCCAUGGUAAUUUGGUCGUUAUUUGUUCGUGAACAUCGCCGCCGAGUAUAUGAAAAUUUCUCAACUUGUACGCCACGUGAAGCCUUCUAUCUUUUUAUCAACAGGAGUCCAAUUCGAUCGAACCGCAGGUGGUCUGCACUAAGCCUGCAUUCCUAAGUCAUUGUUAUGACCAGCGAACUUAUUUCAUGCGCGCAAAUGUUUGUGGAUUGUCGCCCCGAUAUUUCCCUUGUAGACUUUAAAUGUAAUACCAUCGGUCUAAGUUUUAUAAAUCUGAGAUAUGACUUCACCGUAGAUAGAGAGUGUAAGUUGACGUAGACCUACAUGAUAGUGUGAAGAGACGGCGUUUAGAGGCAGUGAACAUAUUGGAGAAACUUGUUUAAUAGCAGUUAUUGACCUUCUAUACCAGGCAAUCUGCUCCAAUACAACGGCAGUUGUAUGAAGAAUUGAUUAGAAACAGAUGCACAUACUAGCCUCCGGCCCUUUAUUCCAUAAAUAUGCAAGAAUAACUCGUUAACACUUUGAGCAGUGCGAUGCAAGAAUGUAUUUUGGUAAAGAGGCAGGCCGUGUCUGUGCCUCUUAAAUGCAUGAUUUAGCUUGUGGGGCGAAAAAUGUUACAGUGCUUAAACAUCGUAAGUUCGGAAUGAUUCAGUCUUAUAUGCUCGGACGAAUUACGAACAGCUGCAGAGGAUGUGGAUGCUAUUAUUAUUCACGGUCGUCGGAUAGCGCAUCAAUAUGUUAUUAUCCCUGUACAAAAAUGAAACAAACAACCAAACGAAAUAUUUUUAUUCCUGCAUUGGUCGAGAUAUUGUUCUCACAUAUAAAUGACACUUUUCCGUCAAGUUUAAACUUAAAAAUUAAGUCCUCUUCUGUUAUCAUAUUUAUUCCUUACGGUGGCUGCGUAUUUCUUCAUUUUAGCAGCAUUAUUUUUAAGGAAAAAAAGUUUCAUGCAGUUACUGUAAAUCUGGGUAUUUCAGAGUAGCAGGCCGAUUUACAUUUAAUUUACAAUAAUGCAAUGGGGUUUUGGAAUAUCAUCAAUGCCCAAUCAGUCCUAGUGAAAAUGAAAACAAUACGAACAAGCAACAUAAGUCUUCUGUCGACCACGAAUACAACAAAAUCCAAGGUGUCAAGCCGACUUCGAAAUUACCUGAAUGUUCAGCCAUGUUUUGUGGUUUCGUUUUCUGUCCUAUAAAUAUUGAAUUCUUUCCCGUAAAAUCCCUUUGUAUAAUUAGAGACAACGUACUUAUACAGAGGAAUAAGUUAUAUUCACAAUUAGAUGCUACUUCUGACAUUAAAGCUACUAUGUCUAGAAAGCUCAAACCUUUAUUUCAGUUUAAAUCGCACGAUGGUAUUUGAAUCUGUUUCCCCGCAUCGAGGUCCACAAUGAUAAUGAGCCGAUCUGAAAAUAUGUCAUGACUCCAGAGCACAAGUUACCAAGAACAAUGCCGGCGACCGUGUGGGUCAAAUGGAGACUUCACUGCUCGAGACUGCUUCCUCACAACGAACUCCUCUCCAGGGUCCAGCAGACGCGUGAUGGUUGGAGACAAAUACGUUCCCGCAACAUUGACCUUCAGAGGACAGUCAGGUCCAGAGGCGACGAUGAUGCUCCCUUCAAAGUGUGAUGAUGCGAUAGCCGACCAUUCGCUUUAUAUUAUAUGCAUGUCUUCAUUCUGAGCUCAAAGAUCUCUUUCUUUUGCAGUCCUCCUAGGAGACAACAGUGAACCUUUCGCAGAAGUAUCUACUUGGCUUUUACUAAUGAAGAACCGAAUAUCGCCGAUCCAGUACGCCGCAGCUGAACCGCACUCUCCACACGGAUAGGUCGACUGCUACUAUUUUAGGUGUCCGCAGAAUUAGGAUGCAAACAAGGAAGGUGAGAAUAUAGUUUGUAUUUAACACAGAUGCACAAUUAGUGCCUGCGCGGUCAUGGAUCGGCCAACAAUUGAAGUUUAUCCUGGUGUUCCUGCCUUGUAGGAUCCAUUGAGACCCAUAUUAGUUUUUUGAUUGCCUUUGUCACUGGCAUCGCACCCGACACCUGCAGCUGCGUGAUAUAUUCCUCGAAUGAUGCGGUCUCCCGCUUGAGUCGGUCUUCCUAAUCUCAUCACAUCCACUUCGUCUGACCUGAUCUGAUUCGCCAACUAAGAUAAUGGUCUCGCUCGUUUUGGCUUGGACGGAAUGUGAUAUAAGAAAGGGAAUUGUAGAAAGAUGUGAAGCCCAACGCUCCUAACCACUGUACCAGGGGCUCGUUACCCUGUCGGUUAUGGUCGGGCAACAGUCGUAAUAAACUACUGAAAUUUACUCUGCACGAAUCAUGAAAUGUCUGCAGAUUUCAGAAAACACUGCACAAAAACUGUUCAUAUCCGAAGUUGCUUAUACAGAAAGAACACCUGCGUACACUUUGACACAAAUGCACAAAUGCAUCCCAUAUUUUAUAAAAAAUCCAAACCGCCUAGUAUGCAGGCUUUUUGCAUAUUUGAUGAAUUUGUUCACAUCUUGGCACGACGAGACAAUCUGAUGUUCAGGAACAUUCAGAGGUUGCACAGAGAUAUUAUACACCCUCACUCGCAUUCACAUCGAAAUUUGACAGUACCAAACAGUCCAGAGGCGGCAGAUAUCAUAUCUUGAAAUAGAUAAAGCAGAUGCACGCGGGGUGAGUGGCAAAAUCGCAGGCAAGAACUGGACUGUUGGUAAAAGCCUUAUGGUUCACUGUCGUAACAACGUGGAUAAAGUUUGUUCACUGUUUCUUUGGCCUGCUAGAUGGAGACUGGGGCAGAUUGAGUUUGACUUGAAUUGAUCAGAAUUUCUGAUAAAAUCAUCAUUGUUAGAACAUUGAAUUACUGCUUCAAAUAUCAAAAAGGUGGUCGUCUUGGAAAAUAAGUUCACGCUUAGUAGGCAUACGGAUUUCGAGAUGCAGUAAUGUCGACACCUCUAGAUGAAGGAGUGAAAAUGUACAAAGUUAACAGUGUUUAUAGGUGUCGCAAGGGCAAUUAAGUUAUUAACACUCCUCUUACCCACGCCGCCCGCAUGAUGAGGUCGGCGGAUUUUGGUCCUUAGAGCUGGGGGAGGGGGGUAAGCGAGUCGUUGAUGAGCAAAUAAGUGGGCCGUGUGGAUGAUGGAGGGCCGAGGUAGAACGACUUUAUCCGCCAACCUAGCCGUUGCUUCUGCGGUAGUGGAUAAUGGAUUAGUCAUCAGUGAAGGCAGCCUGUAAAGUGCACGGGUACUCGGAUUUCGUGAGUAAAGUGUUAGAAAAAUAAAAUGAUACUACUUCACAGGUGUGGAUAUGAACACUUAGUAGCAUUUGUGCAUGAAAUGUCAGUAACACCAAACAAAUCGUGACUGUCAUCAACUGGCAAUCAACUCUCGUCUGUGGUUCACCGCGGCUAGGGUCUGCCACGUAGUGACACGCCGGUAACCACCUCUACCAGCAGGGUUUAACCAGAGGAAGGCUAUCCUGCGAUCUUUGGCCCCAUAUCCGACAGCUAUGUUUCUAACCCAUUUCCCUCUUCUUUCCCAUCCCUUUCUUCCCCAUCUCCCCUUCCUCCUCUACGCCCCACUUCGAUUUCUCCCAUUCCACACCCACAUCCACUUAAAACGUCCCGCGGAUAGCACAACACGAAAUCCAAUAGGCGACUCAAAAUAACUCGGGUUACUUUCGACAAAACCAAGUCGUGACACAAAGUGGAGUUCGGUAACCCUAUGGGACGUCUCAGAAGCCAUAUUUGCGGAUAUCAAAAAAUACCCACGCGCUGGAGGACGACUAGAAAAUGCAUCCUCAACAACUGCCGGUCAUCUGCACGCAGACCGUGUUUUGUUGAUACAGAACUUAUGACCGACAAACAAAACGUAAAUACGACAACCCUUGCUAAGCUCUGCCAAGGAGUCAGACUCCAGUAAUCAUAACUACAUGGUGGGUUAAACCAGAUGAAGUUUUUCCUCUGAUGUAUAGCGCGCAUUUGGCAGCCAUGUUCUCAUCCUAUUCCCUCUUCUUUCCUUUCCCUUGUUUUCCCUCAUCCACUUCCCUUCAUUUCCUCACCGCCAUUUCCCCCCUCCUCCUCCUUCCCACUUCCACUUAAGACGUCUCAGGUUAAGGGCAACAUGCAAUCCAAUAGGCGACACAGAUUGGCUACGGUUACUUUUAACUAAACGAAGCUUAGACACAUAAUGUAGUUCAAAUGCUGUCUGGGACUCCUCAGACGUCCUAUUUACGGAUAUCAAUAACUGCUUACUCCAGGGAAGCUAGUUGAAAAAGGUACCCUAAAUAACUAUUGGCAUCACGUCAUCCGCUCUCUGACGGUGACUCGUAGAUAAGAAGUGUCGAUUGAAAAGCAAAAGGAAACAACGACGAGCCUCGUCCUCCCCCUCUCCAAGGUACGAAAAAGGCGCCUUGGGUGAGUACACUCAAUCUGACAGCCUGAAAUUUCCGUACCCCUUUAGACAAUCCAAGCUGCAAGCGGCUAAAACGAAGGACGACGCUAGUUGAUUGGGAACCGGUGCGCUGCAAAUUGGACGCUGCUGCUCUUGCCGAGGCCCAGUUCCCCGUGUAAAGCCGAGUGGUUGAGGUGCGUACUGGUCACACCUUCUUCUGGAGCGACCACCCAACGACAGAGUGUUGCUACGCAUGAUAUCCAAGAAGCCAUCGCUUAAAUACCGCCCUGUCUGAUACAGCGUGUCAACGAGCACUCCCUGAACCUGCGUCGACAUCUUCGGGAUGCCAAAUUUGUUACUACCGUCAGUGUCUACGUCCCCACCCCCCAAUGACCAGUUCCAACGCGACGAGGACCACGAUGGGGUGGCCACUUCGUGAGGAUGUACGAUGAGAGACUACCAAAACGAAACGGCGAUUAUGCGGCAAUCGCUACCCCCUGCUGCAUGCACUUUUUCUUCUUGUCCUUGUCAACGGCACCAACUGGAAACUGUGGAAAACCUUGCCUAUUUUGGUAGCACCAUGCAAGCUUGCAUCGAAACCGACAAUGAAGUGGCCCACUGGGUCCCAAAUACCAGUUAUAGUUUUCAUCUCAACACCAAGCUCAUGACAUAUAAUUAUAUUUUCUGGAUGACGCUCCCGUAUGGUCCAGAGAGCUUGACCAUCUACAGGAAAAAAACGCGGAAUUACAACCACAUUUAUCUUAUUUGACUCCUGCGGAUUCUCAACCGGAGAUGCAGGGCGAAAUUCUAGACUUGUAAGAUUUGGAGCGCAAAAUAAUCCUUAGCAAUCACGCUAUGUAAAGGGAACUACAGCUACGAUGGGGCGGCCACUUGGUGUGGGUGUAAGAUGGACGACAAAGAAAGCAGAACUUCUAUGGAGAGAUGGCCGGACGUGCACGUUGGCAAGGAGGUAAGAGAUUCCGCUGCAAGAAUACUCAAUGCGAUUGCAAUUCAAGGCAAAUCAUGGAGAGACCGAGGUAAGAACUCACCGGGUUAAAGAAGGAGAGAGAAUUCCGGAGCGGAAACAUACAAAGCCAACGGGAGCGUAGCUAUCAAAGCCAAAAUGUGAGUACAUGAAUGUAAGUCAUCCAAGACUCUCAACAACGAAGGGGGGAGGCAGGUGGAACGGCCGGCUGGUGGUCUGACAGUCAGGCUGCAAUGACUCCUUCUUAAUGUUGCCCUUAUUGCACUCUCACUGCGUGGGAUCCGAGCAGGAUGGGGGCUGCACGCCCAAGUGCGGCUUCGGCCGUCGCAGACCCCAUUCUCUUUGUUGGUCGAAAGCGUGGUUAUUGGUUGUGUGAACAAGGGGGAAUCACAACCACUUUCAUCUGAGUUGUCUCCUACGGAUACUCAACCUGAGGUGCAGGGCGAAAUCCUAGACUUGUAAGAUUUGGAACGCAAUAGAAACCUCAGCAAUCACGCCAUUUAAAGGCAACUACAACUACGAUGGCGGGGCCACUUUGUGUGUGGCACACGAAAAUCAGCUCUUCUCAACACUGUGCUCCACCAUUACAAAUGCCCGAAUCUGUUAAGUGACCCGCUCUGACAGUCGGCUGAUGCACAGAAUAAAGUAAAGUGAGUGAUGCCGGCUCUCAGCGCCUAAUUCCUUCUAAUAAAAAGUCACACGCGCAUCAGGCUAUCACGGUGCGCUAAAAACUGACUUGAAAGGGUACCAACUUGUGCAUCAAAUCCUGCCAAGCAGUCAGUCUAGCUGUGCUUUUUCUUCAGUCAAUCUGCUGCGUAACUGCUGAUGAUUGUGAGGUUUUAAAUUUCACGAUAGUUUUGCUCAAAGCGGAUUUCGAAGAGCAUCACAGUUUAAGACGAAUAAUAUUUAAAGUAUUUUAAGAAAAGGACUUUCAAAUAAUACCCCGGUCAGUCAGUGGGUUGCAACCCCAACUAUGAUUAGCGAGAUGGCACUAUGUGCGUGAGAAAGCUGCACGGCUGCAUAUGCAGCCUGAGCGUGCCUGACUUGGCGUGGAGGCCCGCACACCCGGGGAGGUAAAAUCGAUCGAUCGCUCGCUUUACGCGCCGCGCACCAUCGGUUGGAGUACAGGCAUGUGGCUUUCUGGAGAUGGUCGAGCACCUAAUGCCAUUAGAACCGCACCUGGACUGCCUCGAGAGAAUGUCGUCAAACUGAGCCGAUUGCGGCGGCCUGCGCUAUCGACGCGCGUGUGCGUCAUUAAGGGCCUCCACGUCACCAACACAGCUCAUGAGCGAUAACGACGUUGGCCUAUCUUUGCUACGAAUCAUAUUAGCUUAGUGCACUGAUUUUGUGCGCAAUUAACUGUGUUAAAACAAGUAAAAUAUCUCCGCCCAUUCUUAGUAUUUUUUCCAGCGAUUAAGUAAAGAAGGAGAGAGAAUCCUUGAGCGGCAACAUAUAAUACCGAUGGGAGCGAAGCUUUCAAAACCAAAACGUGAGUUCAUGAAUUUUAGUCGUCCAAGACUCUCAACAACGUAAGGGGGAGGCAGCUAGAGCGGCCGGCUUGUGGUCUGAGAGUCAGGCUACAAUGACUCCUUCUUAAUGUUGCCUUUAUUGCACUCCUACUGCGUGGGAUCCGAGCAGGAUGUGAGCUGCACGCCGGAGUGCGGCUUCGACCGUCCCAAACCCAAUUCUCUUUGUUGGUCGCAACCACUUUCAUCUGAGUUGUCUCCUGCGGAUACUGAACCUGAGGUACUGGGCGAAAUUCUAGACUUGUAAGAUUUGGCACGCAAUAUAAACAUCCACAAUCAUGCCAUGUAAAGGCAAUUAUAACUACGGUGGGGUGGCCACUUGGUGUAGGUGUAAGAUGAACGGCAAACAAAACAGAUGUGCACGCUAAAAAGGAGGUAAAAGCUCCCGCUGCAAGGGUAUUCAAUGUUAUUGUAGUUCAAGAAGAAUUCUUGAGAAGAUUGAAGUAAGAACUGACCGGGCUAAAUAGGCAGAGUGAAAGCUGAAGCAGUAACACAUAACACCAACGGGAGUGAAGCUAUCUAAGUCAAAAGGUAAGUUGCUGAAUCUCAGGCGUCCGAGAUCAUUAACGACGUACGGGGAGAGGCAUGUCGUGUGUGUGUGUGUGUGUGUGUGUGUGUGUGUGUGUGUGUGUGUGUGUGUGUGUGUGUGUGUGUGUGUGUGUAUGGGUUUUCCCUCAGAACGGGCCACGUGUGAGAUGCGCUGGACCAACACGGGGGCCACAUCGUACUCUGGCAGGCGUUAUCUGUGCGCAAUAGCAAAUUCCAACAGUUGCGGGGUGCGCUGGCGGACCAUGUUGUCGGCAAUCGUCGAACAACCGGACCACUGCAACCACUUCAUUGUUUUGUGGUCAAAAUCCUGGUCAUUUGUGUGUGGACCAGGGGCGUGGAGUGGAGCGCCAAGGUGAGGAUCCGUCCGAACCAUCCACCUGCGGCCUCCCUCGUCUCCGGUCUUCUUGACUCUGUCUUGACACAGGGCCCAGACGAGGGAGGAGGAGAGAGUGUAGGUAGAUGCAGCGCAAGUCUACCGGCACUAUAAACCCAUGCGCAAGUCACCGUCCCUGCUCCUAACGCUGCUGCAGCUGUGGGGCACACGGUGGACAUCAUCGAAGUCGAUGGUCAAACUGUCGUGUGUAUGGGUGUGUGUAUGUGUGGGAGGGGGUUGUAGGGGUGUAAGCGGUGGGUUCACGUGAUGGUCGUAGUGGUCGUUCAUUUGCUUGCAGGUGAGACUACGCCUAGCGUCCAUUUGCUGGCACCCAACUCUCACCUGUGGCUCAACGUAGCUGGACUCUGCUCAGCGGCCACACUCCGAGCAACCGCCUCGACCGGCGAGCUAAACCAGGUGAGGGCGGUUACCCCCUGUGCGCAUCGUGCCAGGUGCACAGGGUACUGCGGACUCCGCUGGACGGUUGGUCGAAUGGAACACCGUGUCGGCGCCGCCAUGAAGAGGCUUCGCCUACGCCGUUGGUCAGCUGGUUGGUGGAAGGUCGCAUCGGCAUUGUCGAGACGAGGCUCCGCCUGGUACGUAGUUGGUUAGCCGGUGGGAUGGAUCUUCUAAUCGGCAUCGCUCACUCGCGCCCAUCUGGUGCACCGUAGGAGAUUACAGGCUUACGGCAAUGUCGUAAGCCAUUGGCAAACUCGAGUCGUUCUUCCACUGCCAAAGAGGGGGCCUGGAAAAGCUGGCCUAAAAAUUGCUGGGGAACCACGUCGUAUGCAGGCGCACCGUGGUCGCAGACGCAAAACUGACGGUUGAAACAACCAAAAUCGAAACAACAACAACAACAGCAACGACAACAACAACAACCAUACUCAUUCUCCUCAUCCUAUCUCUUCUUCCUCUUCUGUCUAUUCAUCUGCCUACUCUUCUCCUUCGUUAUCUUCUUCUCCACCUCCUUCCCGUCGCCAUACGCGUAUUCCCCAGACUGGCAGGGUGAGUCCGCUCACUCUGGCAGCCUGUAAUGUUUGUUACCUUUUAGACAAUCCGAAGAGCAACCGACCGGAACGGAGGACAGCGCUCGUGGCACGAGAACUGACGCGCUACAAGGUGGACAUGGUCGCACUCAGCGAGACUCGAUUCUUCGAACAAGGCCAAUUGGAGGAGGUGGGAGCCGACUACACCUCCUUCUGGAGUGGUCGCCCCAGGUCCGAGAGACGAGACGCGGGUGUCGCCUUCGCCAUCCAGAACGACAUCGUGGGACGAAUGCCCAGCCUACCGAAGGGCAUCAACGAUCGCCUGAUGAGCCUCCCUCUGCCUCUGCAGCGGGGGGGGGGGGCAAAUUCGCAGCCAUCAUCAGCGCCUACGCUCCGACGAUAACCACCCCCGAGGCCGCCGCAAGAGACAAAUUCUACGAGGACCUGCACGCCCUCUUAGCGACUGUGUCGAAGGUGGACAAGUUGAUUGUCCUCGAUGACUUCAAUGCCCGUGUCGGCACAGACCAUGCUGCCUGGAGCGAAGAGCUGGGUCCUCAUGGUCUCCGCGGCUCAAACUACAAUGUUCUGCUGCUCCUCCGCACCUGCGCAAAACACCGCCUCAUCCUGACAAACACCUUCUUCUGUCUACCGGAGCAAGGGAAGGCCACCUGGAGGCAUCCUCGAUCGCGUCAGUGGCACCUACUGGACAACGUCCUCGUCCGGAGGCGAGAUCACCGGGACGUGCUGGUGACGAAGGCGAUCGCGGGUGCUGACGGGUGGACCGACCAUCGCCUCAUCAUCUCGAAGAUGCGUAUUCGCCUACAGCCCCCCAGGUGA